UAGUAUAUAUAGGUGGUCUCAAAGUCCACCCAUCACAACACUCGCAUCUAUAUUUCACUCUAAGCUCGUGAUAAAUCGCACUCUCAACAUCUUUACACAGUCACUUCAAUGACCAUGUCUACCUGCGCAUCAUCACCCUUUGACCACCCAAAAGCUGACAUUAUCCUGCGGUCCGCAGAUGGUGUCGAUUUCUGUGUCUUCAAGCUCUUUCUCACCCUCGCCUCCCCGUUCUUCGAGACCAUGUUUGAACUCCCCCAACCAGCAGAUGGGACAGAUAACGAUACGAAGGAUGGUCUCCCUGUCAUUCCUGUGCAGGAAGAUAGCAAAACAUUAGACACUUUCCUCAGAUUCUGCUACCCCUCCACACUGGCAGAAGAUCCCUUGCUUGAGAGUCUGGCAGACAUUCUAGCUAUCCUCGGAGCUGCGAGGAAGUACUCGUUGGACCUGAUAGAGAGGAAAGUAUGUCAGGCUCUAGUUAAUCCCAAGAUCCUCGAGGCAGAGCCUCUUCGCUGCUUCGCAAUCGCCCGUAACGCACGGCUCAAACAUGAGACCAUCACCGCUGCCAGAUACACCCUACGACAGCCCUUGAUUCCUGCGUGGUUUGAAGAGAUCGAGCUCAUCACCGCGUCUGACCUUCUCGCUUUACUCACUUACCACAAGAAGUGCGCCAUCGCAGUAGCACCGUUACGGGCCGACUUGGGUUGGGUGACAAACCAUUAUGGCAGUUUAAAUAGCUGUAAAUGGUUGGUACCUGAGGUGCAUAACCCCAACCGCCCAUCCGGUGGGUCGAACGAUAAACCCACCUGCAGAUGUGGACGGAGCACCAAACUCGAAUUCAUAUUGUGGAGCAGCUUUCCGGUCUCUUGGUGGGCUACUUAUAUGGAGGAAACAUUCGAGUUAUUGAGGGACACUCCUUGUCGCGAUAUCGUGAAAUCGGAAGCAGAAAAGACGAUACAGAAGGUCAGAGGGGCAGGCUGUAAUGCUUGCUCCGCCAGGGUCAAGGAGAACAUGGAAGAGUUCAGCAACUUACUCGCCCUCAACGUUGAGAAGGCAACUGCUUCGAUUGAACUAGAGAUGCCCUUCUGACCGUGACUUGUCACUAAGUAGGAUAUACAUGUAUUACGUUUCUGAAUUUGUUCAGUUUGGAGGGAAAUCUAAACACAAGUGACUGCAUAUCUUCAUAAGUACAAACAGC